UAUUUGAAUAAACAAAACAAAAGUUAAAAGUCAUUGAAAUUGCAUAUGAAAUUGAAAUUUUAUUAAAAAAGAGUUGUCGAAAUUUUUUUAAGAAAAACACCUUUUGGUAAUAAUCAAUUUUAUAUGAAAAAUAAAUAAACAGACAUGUCAUCUCAAGGAUUUUUUGGUUGGGAUUUACUAUAUAGAACUAUACAAUCUGACAUUAAAUCUGAAGCAGAUGUUAUCGUAGCUAUUAUACAUUGGUAUCUUACAAAAAAUGAAUCUUUCAAAUGUUUAGGAAUAGGAGAUGAUAAAACUCUAAGCACAGAUGAUGAAGGAUCUGAGCUUUUACCAGUUGGAUGGAAUGAAAAUGAAAAUUCGUUUGCUUUAAGAUAUGUUUUUAAUAAAGAAUUAUUUAUCCUUCUGGGUGCUUUGACUGAAGGUUUACUUGUAGUAAACUUAUUAAAUGUGGAUACCAAAAAAGCUUCUAAUUUAUCGGUUAGUACUAGUGAAACGGUUAAAAGUUUGGAUGGAAAUAUUAAAACAAUGAUUCCGGAAAUAUCAGAGCUAACAGAUCGAAUAAAAAAUGAAUUAGUUAAUCCAGUUUUUUCAGGUGCGACAACUGAACAAACAACUCAAACUUCACCAAACAAUUCAAGAAGAUCAUCAAAUAGUCGUAUUCCUGAAUCGGGAAUACUUCCACAUCGAGGUAUUCAAGGUCGUAUGCCAGGAAUAGAUCCAUUACGUGAUAUUGGUAGAGGUGAUUUGGACCCUCUUAAUAGGGGUGGUGGUGGAAUGUUGUUUCCAGGACCAGGUAUCCCAGGAUGUCCUUUAGGAAAUAUGCCUCCGUUUCCAGGAGGUAGAAUGGGAUUUAUACCACCUCCACCGGGUGCCAGAUUUGAUCCAUUUGGACCACCAGGAGCAGGAAAUCCUAAUCCAAAUCCUGAUCAUUUUAGGCCACCGCCAGAUUUCGACGACAUGUAUAUGUAAUAUACAUGAAAUAUCUCACGAUUUGAAAUAUCUAAGUACCAAAAUUUAAUAUUUUAUAAUCUGUAUUUAAUAGAAUCGAAAAAAUAUUUUAAUAAAAAUAUGUUUUCAAAAUAAGAA